AUGAUAUCACAGCUCCUGACCUCGGCCUACUGGGAUCCAAACAGCAAGCGCACUUAAGUACCGUCCUUGAGAUCCGGAUAUUAAAAAGCAAUUGAUCCAUUACGAGUGGGCGAGUUCGUCUGAGGCCCUUCCCCGGUUCCCCAGACUGUCCCCACUGCGUCCCCACAGGCCUCAUGAUCGAUCUGAUAUUGCAAUUCCCGUGUCCCAUCCGACCAGCAACCAAUAGUGCACGCGCUGUUUCAAAGGAUUCGAUUAUCGUCAGGCCUUAUUCCAAUGCUUUGCAGCUGCCAAGCUGGUCAAAGUGAGGGGGAGGUGCUGGGUGAUUGCUGAUUUUAGCAAACCAGGUGAUUCGAUCUUGCUACACUCUCCGUGAUGCUUAGGCCGAACAGACCUGCCGGUCACAUCUCCCGGCAAUAUGAUGGGCUACUUAAUACGGCCCCGGGGAUCGUAAGCCGACCCACUACCGCUAGUAUCCUUGCUCAUUCUUGAAAUGCCCAACAUGAAGAGAGGGCAGGAGACGCAUAUCGAGGACGUUGACAAAGUCAGCAAUGCCGGUCCUGCUCCGACGACAACAAGGCGACAGGGCUACUGUGCCCUAUCGGAGGAGGAGCUCCGACUGGAUAAGCGAAUUAAUCUCAAAAUGGACCUCACCGUGGUUCCUGUCCUUGCCCUGGGGUUCCUGCUGCAAGGAAUUGAUAAAUCCAAUAUUGGCAAUGCAGCAACCUCUGAGACCUUCGUGCCUGACACCAACAUCCGGGAGACUGAUGUUUCUGACUCGGUGUCGCUCUUUGCAGCAACAUAUGUCCCCUUCAUGCCCAUUUCUGUCGCAAUAGGCCGCAUCGUGGGGCCAAGUCGCUGGAUCCCCUUGCUGCUCCUUGCCUGGGGAGCUGUUACCACCGCUCAGUGCGCCAUGGACUCGCGAGCAGACCUUUACGGACUCCGCUUGCUCUUGGGAGUCUGUGAGGCUGGCUUCCUCCCCACGACCUACUACUACAUUGGAACAGUUUACCCAGCUUACAUGGCCGGCCUUCGCAUGGGGUUGAUUUCGACUAGCUUUACCUUUUCUGGAGCCUUCUCCUCCCUCAUCGCGUACGGCAUUCUGCAGGUCCAGUCAUCCACCUGGAAGAAUUGGCAGCUGCUCUUUAUUAUUGAAGGCGCCAUUACCAUGUUCGUCGGUGCCAUCGCCUUUCUCAUCCUGCCCCAUAAGCUCAGCACCGCGUGGCUCUUCACCCCCGAUGAGCGUCGCCACGCCGCUCGUCGCAUGGAAAUGGACACAGCGGGCGUUGACAGAGCCACAGGUGCGAAUUCGGAGGAGAUGGACCACAGCAUCUCCUGGCAAAACAUCAAAACCGCCUUCAAGGACUGGCGAAAACUCUUGAUUAUCCUCUGGACAACAUGCGCAACCGUCCCGGCUUACGGCUUCGCCAUCUUUCUCCCCCUCAUUGUUAAGGGCAUGGGAUACGAGGGCGUUCGUGCGAAUCUCAUGUCAGUACCGCCCUUUAUGGCUGGAGCUGUGGCACUCACCACGUUUGUAUACAUCUCCGACCGCUUCCACGAGCGUUCGUUGAUAGCGGCCGUUGCCAUGCUCUUCUCCAUCAUCGGGUACAUCGCACUGGUUGCAUGCGGGACAGGGAAAAACGACAUCCGGUACGGGUUCCUGUUUGUGAUAAUGAUUGGAGCCGGGUCGGUGAAUCCCCUGACAGCAGCGUGGCUUAAUGACAACACUACGGACAAGGCGACACGGAACAUCCUCAUGGGGAUAUACGGUUGGAAUAAUGUAUCAGGUGUCAUUGCGGGCCAGAUAUACUCGUCUCAGUACGGGCCCAGUUACUACACCAGCGUGCGCAUCACACUAGGCAUUGUGACGUUUGGCAUGCUGGGGAUGGUGGUCUCGCGACUCUUGUAUAUAUGGGAGAAUCGGCGCCGGAGGAGAAUCAUUUCCACUUGGACUGAAGAGGACUUUGAAAGGGAGCGAACUGACCUGACCAGGAAGGGGCAUGAGAAAAGGUUUUUCAUAUUUGGGUAUUAGCAGUGUCCUAGGUAUAGUCGUCCAAUGCAGU